AUGUCCGCCAUCACCGCCAAUCAAGCUGUUCUUUCCACGGCAUUGGUCCAGAGGACCAAAUGGCGAGUGAAGCAAGGGGGGCUCCACGAAGGUGAACUGGUCGUGCUCAGGGAGGAGGGCGUGCCCCCGCUUAAGUGGCGCAUGGGGCGUAUCCAGAGGCUCUUCACAGGACCGGAUGGCAUCCAGCGAGUUGCUGAUGUGAAAACGUCUAAAGGGGUUGUCCGGCGAGCCAUUCACAAGCUCUGCUGCCUGCCGGGAUCAACCACUGGGGCAGCAAGUCCACCUACUCGAGCUCCUUCAGUCGUCGAGGGGGAGCAAGAUGUUAAGAAUUUACUUUCGGCCCUGGCAAAACCGAUAUGUCAAAUGACACAACUUUUU